CCUCCAAAAAUUGUCGCUGUCCAAAGUCGCGACCAGAAGUAAUCGCCACUUUCAACCUGUUCUAGAUUCCACUUCCAUAUCAUAGUUCCAAUUCAAAUCCAACCAGAACUGAUUUUCCAAACUUGAAGUCAAGGAAAUCCAUCCGUGCCGGGUUCAUAAUAACUUUUAUUUUUUUUUUGCAAUUUUUUACUGUGCGUGCAUUGGCAUAAGCGAUUUGAAUCGCCAGUUGGCGGCAUCGGCAUCCAAGAGCUGGAGAGGAGGUGCUAAUCCCAUAGAGAGCACGAUCAAAUCGGCAAAAUUUGCGAAAUGCAUUCCACGGCAUGCGGCGUAGGUGCGUCGGCCACAAAUCUCUCAACACUGCAAUCCUCCAUCACAAUCCCAGCGGGUUCGGCGGGAACUGGAACAGGAACAGGAACAGGAGCCGGAGCAAGUGCAGCAGCGGAUGCCACCAAGAUGGUGCACCACAGCAACGAGGAUGCCAUGAACAAGAUACCCCUGAAGUCCGCCGGCGGUUUGGACUCCGAUGAGGAGAAGAAUGGCGGCGAACUCAUGCAGGACACUGCCGCCGCCGAGGAGGCGCGUCGCGAACAGAUGCGCGUGAAGGUUUUGGCCUGGAUGAAGAAGCUAACCAUCGUGCUGAUCUGCUUCAUCGGCAUUGCCCUGAUCAGCUACGUGAUCAUCAGCCUGUGUUUCAGUGACUGGCCUAAAUCGACGCCAAAUAGAAACAACACAACAACCACAACAACAACAACAACAACGACAGCAACACCAAGAACAACAAGCACAGAGGCAACCAUAACAACAAUUGCACCAUCAGGAUUAGCAACCACAAUAAGCACCAGCACAACAACAAUAGCAGCAGCAACAACAAUAAGUGCAACACAACAACCACCACCAACAACAACAACAACAACAAGAACAACAACAACAACCACUAGCAGAACAGAUAGCAAUCCCAGCCCCACACCUAAAACAUUUCAUUCAACAGAUGAUGAGCAGCAACAGGAACCGGAAACGGAACCGAAAACGAACAACAUUGGCAACCUCACGAACCCAACGCCCACUCCAGCGGACCAGCCCAAUGUGGCCGCCAUCACGGCGGCAACCACGGCGGCACCACCCACCUGGCUGGCGGAUCAGAUCAGGAUCGAUACCAGCGAGGAGUACAACUCGGUGCUGGGCGUCUACCAACAUGGAGCCGUGAGUUCCGAUAACAUCGAGUGCAGCAAGAUCGGCAGCGGCAUCCUGCAGAAGAAUGGCAGCGCUGUGGACGCAGCGAUCGCCGCCCUCCUCUGCAACGGACUGCUGACGCUGCAGAGCAUGGGCAUCGGUGGUGGCCACCUGAUGAACAUCUACAACCGGAAGGAGCGCAUUGCCACCGCCAUCGAUGCCCGCGAGGUGGCGCCCUACGAGGUCACCGAGGACAUGUUCGACCAGCAGCCGGAAAAGUCCAUGAAGGGACCGCUGAGCAUCGCUGUGCCCGGCGAGGUGAUGGGCUACCACGUGGCGCAUCAGAAGUUCGGACAGCUGCCGUGGUCGGAACUGGUGGCUCCAUCGCUGGAGCUCUGCGAGAAGGGAUACCAUGUGUCGCAGCACAUGGAACGCUCGCUGGGUCUCGCCUUGCCGAACAUCAAGAAGCACGAGCAGUACCAAAUCUAUCUGAAUGCGCAAACAGGCAAGCCCCAUGCCGCCGGAACGGUAGUGAAGCCACCGAAAAAUCUUUGCAAGACCUACAAGCUGCUGGCGGAGAAUGGACCCAUGGACAUGUACAAUGGAACGAUAGCCAAGCUGCUGGUGCAGGAUCUACAGGACAUCGGCAGCAUUAUUGUGGCCGAUGAUCUGGAGUCGUACGAGGCCGAUGUAAUCAACUCGAUUACCAUGGACUUGGGUGACGACACCCUGUAUGUGGUGCCACCGGUCAGUUCCGGUUCGGUGGUGGCCCACAUCCUGGCCAUCCUGCAGGGCUACAACUUCACGGCACACGAUCUGUCCACGGAUGAGCUGAAGGCACGUACCAUGCAUCGCUUUGUUGAGGCCAUGAAGUUCGCCUUUGCCCAGCGUCCGGAGUUGGGCGAUAUGCAUUUCAUUGAUGCACGCGAGCUGGUUAGCCGCCUGAAUAGUCCGGACUUUGGCGAUCAGAACCGGGCCAAGAUCAAUGAUUCCCACGUGCUGCCCGAUGCGCAGGCGUAUGGAGCCAACUUUGCCGCCAUUGCGGAUCCGGAUGGCACAUCGAAUCUGGUUGUUCUGGCGCCCAACGGAGAUGCCGUCUCAGUGACCAGUUCCAUCAAUUUCUAUUUUGGCUCCGGAUUAAUUGGACCACGUACGGGCAUUGUGCUGAACAGCGGAAUGAACGACUUUGCGGUGGCGAACAACGAUUUCAAGUUGCCCCCAUCGCAGGCGAACAAAAUCGAGGCCCACAAGCGUGCAAUGUCCUCGCAAUCGCCGAUCCUUCUCGCCGACAAGGAAGGCAACCUGAAAAUGGCCAUUGGAGCAGCCGGUGGCAGCAAGAUCAUACCCGCCGUGGUCGAGGUGCUCGCCAAUGUGCUGUGGUUCGGCGAUGAUCUGCGCCAGGCGAUUGAUGCACCGCGCUUCUACCACCAACUGAUGCCCGAUGUCCUGGAGUACGAGGAGAAUGGCUAUCCGGAAGCCCUGCUCCAGUUGCUGACCAAACGGGGACACAAGUUGAAGUCCACUCCCAAGAAAACGUCAUCCGUGGUCACGGCCAUUUCGAGAAAUGCCACUGCCAUCUAUGCGAAUGCCGACUAUCGCAAACGCGGCGGAGUUGCAGGUUUCUAGGGUGAUUAGUUGAAGAGGUCACCCAACUACCCAUCCACCCACUCACUCACACACGCAUAAGUCACACACACAGAAACGCACCUACACACACGCACAGAAACAUUGCAUUGAGAUUAGAGUAGAACUGCCCGAAAAAGAGAGCAAUUUCCAUGGAACACGAGAGUAUAAAUGGGCAGAUCUGGUUUAGAGAGUUGGAAAGCAGAUCGAUCGCAUCAAGUGAAAGUAUUUAAGCUAGCUAUGUCUUUUUUACAUACUAUGUAUAUCGUACGUUAUAUAAAUUUAUAUGCUACUACCUAACUACUACCUUAUACAAUAAAAAUAAAAAUAAAAA